CCCGGAGCGUCGUCGUGGCGUGAAAAUUGCUGGACUGGAGCAUCGUGCGUGCGUCUAAAAAUACACCGGGCCUCUCUCUCGUGCCUCCCGGCUUCCGAACAUCAUCUUCGUGGCCCCAGUACACGCUAUAUAAAAUGCUGGAGCGGCUGGCUGAACCAGCUCAGUUAAGUCCGUUGCGUCGUCGCAAUUGCACCGCCGUGUCUCGAAGACCAAAGGGAUCCAUCUUCUUGGAGGAACAGUGAUCUGCCCAGAAUUUGUGUUAAGUGUUGAGUGCUUUUUCCUGGAAAAAUCUUCCUGCCAUCUUCAGCCUUCGAUCUUUGCUUUUAUUUUGUCCGAAGCUUAAAACUGCCAAUAUGAGGGAAAUUGUGCAUCUGCAGGCCGGUCAGUGUGGAAAUCAGAUUGGAGCUAAGUUCUGGGAGAUCAUUUCGGAGGAGCAUGGCAUCGACUCUUCAGGAAUCUACCAUGGAGACAGUGAUCUUCAGCUUGAGCGUGUCAGUGUGUACUACAAUGAAGCUUCAGCCGUUACUCGCAUGUCGGGUGGCAAAUACGUGCCACGUGCCAUUCUGCUCGAUCUUGAGCCCGGAACCAUGGAGGCAGUUCGAUCGGGAGCCUAUGGAAAAUUAUUCAGACCCGACAACUUCGUCUUUGGCCAGUCUGGUGCCGGCAAUAACUGGGCCAAGGGACACUACACUGAAGGUGCCGAACUUGUGGAUGCCGUCCUGGAUGUCGUGCGAAAGGAAUGCGAGAAUUGUGACUGUCUCCAAGGAUUCCAGCUCACUCAUUCACUCGGUGGUGGCACUGGAUCUGGCAUGGGAACGCUGUUGAUCUCAAAGAUUAGGGAAGAGUACCCUGACCGAAUCAUGAAUACGUACUCAGUGGUUCCCUCGCCCAAAGUCUCUGACACUGUGGUAGAGCCAUACAAUGCCACCCUCUCGAUCCAUCAAUUGGUGGAGAACACCGAUGAGACUUACUGCAUUGACAACGAAGCUCUGUAUGACAUCUGCUUCCGCACUCUAAAGGUACCCAAUCCAAGCUACGGUGACCUCAACCACCUUGUAUCCCUGACAAUGAGCGGAGUGACGACGUGCCUGCGUUUCCCUGGUCAGCUGAAUGCUGAUCUGCGCAAACUGGCUGUCAACAUGGUGCCGUUCCCGCGACUCCACUUCUUCAUGCCCGGUUUCGCUCCGCUCACGUCACGUGGUUCACAGCAGUACCGUGCCCUCACGGUGCCCGAACUCACGCAGCAGAUGUUCGAUGCUAAGAACAUGAUGGCCGCCUGCGAUCCACGCCACGGACGCUACCUCACAGUGGCUGCCGUCUUCCGUGGACGCAUGUCCAUGAAGGAGGUGGAUGAGCAGAUGCUGGCGGUGCAGAACAAGAACAGCAGUUACUUCGUCGAGUGGAUUCCCAACAAUGUCAAAACGGCAGUUUGUGACAUCCCUCCGAAGGGUCUGAAGAUGUCCUCGACAUUCAUCGGCAACACAACGGCCAUCCAGGAGCUCUUUAAGAGAAUCUCAGAGCAGUUCUCAGCUAUGUUCAGGCGCAAAGCUUUCUUGCAUUGGUACACUGGCGAAGGAAUGGACGAGAUGGAAUUCACAGAGGCUGAGAGCAAUAUGAAUGAUCUGGUUUCUGAGUACCAACAGUACCAGGAAGCCACGGCUGAAGAUGAAUUUGAACAGGAUGAAGCCGCUGAUGAGAUGGAAGGCGAUUGUGUUUAAGACACUCCACUAAAAUCGAAAAAAAAAUGCAUUUUAUACUCUUUAUUUAUAAACUCUUAUUAGUAGCAUCAUAAGCUCCCUCAUCUUCUACAACUCCCUGUUCCCCAAAAAGCUCUGCAUUGGCACUAACUUAUUGCUGUGAGCUAGUCCAUCUUCCUAUAUUUAUGCCAGUAAAUUCAUCUUAACACUUUCCUCCUCAGGAUUUCGUGUGUGCGCCUAAUAAUAAGAAUGAUGAAAACUUCUAUAUAAUAGUCGUUGUUUCUGCACAAUUCACGCAAUAAAUUGUCGCAAUGAGACAUCAGCAUCACCCAAAGAACAGAUUUUUUUUGUGUUGAAAUGUAUGUAAAGUAAAUUUUGAAAUGAUUUUUUUUAUAUUCGUCUGAGAAUGGAAUAAAUUUUUUAAGACUUUCUAAA